CCAUGACCAGGGCCGUGCAAACCCACCUGCUGCGCUCGUUUGCCGCUUUGCCGGUCAACAUGACUGCAGUUUCUAUUACGACAGUAAUGCGAGUCGCUGAUCAGUCAUGUCCGGCUGCAGGUCGUCCCGAAUACAUAUUUUGCCAUAGUCGCCUUUGCUCGUUAACCCAUAUCAUCACCAUGGGUAACCUCACCGACGUUGCCCACUCACCUCUCCGCUUGCCUCUGCAAUAACAACCCAAAUGUCGGCCAACAUGGCGCGUUCGUCGGACGACGCCGAAGACGUCAAACGCGCACUUGAGCAAGACAAUGUCGAAGAGGAAGAUUUGGCGCAAAGAGAUGAGCCGACACAAUAUUUGGAAGCCCCCAGGGACUUGCGAAGGACAGGUCGUGGGAAGAGCGAGGAUAGUAUGCGUCUUGAGAAAAUCGAAUCUGCGGCUACCACUGCCACCGAGGCUACCGACGCCAGUGCUGCUGUGCAUACAAAGUCCAGAGAACCGGAAAAGACACCAUGGCACCACAGAAUAAACCCGCUUCGUCGUGGAGCUCCACCGCCUGUUCCCGAAGAGAGAACUGUUUGUCCCGAAUACAACGCCAGCUUUCUCAGCCUCGUGACUUUUCAGUGGAUGAAUCCGCUUAUGGUACGAGGUUACAAGCGGACAAUUGAAGUAAACGACAUCUGGCUUGUCAACCCUGACAGAAGUUCCGUCUCGAUGAUUGAUCUUUUGAUGCCGGCUUUCAAACGCAGAGUUGCUCGAGGGGAACGGAAUCCGCUCCUUUGGGCACUUUUCGAUACUUUCCGGGGCGAGUUCCUGCUAGGUGGCGCUUGUGCAUUGUUCUCGGCUCUGUUUCAAGUCUUCUCCCCUUUCACCACACGUUACCUGAUUCAAUUCGCCUCAGACGCAUGGUACGCACAACAGACGGGACAGCCUGCACCCAACAUUGGGAAGGGUAUUGGUCUUGUGAUUGGGAUUACGUUCAUGCAAAUGUGCCAGUCAAUGUCCACUAAUCAUUUCAUCUAUCGUGGAAUGAUGGUAGGUGGCGAGUGCAGAGCGGUUCUGAUCAAUGCCAUUUUCGAGAAGUCUCUCGUAAUUUCGGGCAGAGCCAAGGCUGGCGGCAAGGCUCUUCAAGAUGAAGAGACCUCCAACGGUAUGGAGACCACCGAUGCUGAAAAGCCCGCCAAUCGACCGGUACUUGCUCGUGCCCUAUCGAAGAAGCUACAUCCCAAAGGUGGAGCUAAGGUCACACCGGACAAAGGAUCAGGAGUCUCCGGAGAUGGUACCGGGUGGCACAACGGGAAAAUUGUCAACUUGAUGAGUGUUGAUACGUACCGUGUUGACCAAGCUUCAGGCAUGUUCCAUAUCAUGUGGACAUCGCCAAUACAGGUUAUUGUGGUGUUGGUGGUGCUUUGCAUCAACAUCGGUUACAGCGCCUUAGCAGGCUAUGCUCUGCUAUUGAUCAUGUUGCCCCUAUUGACCACAGCCAUCAAAUCUCUACUGAUGAAGCGAAAGAAGAUCAACAAAAUCACUGAUCAGCGUGUCACUCUGACUCAGGAAAUCUUAGCUUCUGUUCGAUUUGUCAAAUUCUUCGGGUGGGAAACCAGUUUUCUCGCCCGUCUGAAGGAAUUGCGGACGCGGGAAAUCAGAGCCAUCCAGGUGUUGCUAUCGAUCAGGAAUGCCAUCAACGCAGUGGCCAUGUCUAUGCCAGUUUUUGCCUCGAUGCUGGCCUUCAUCACGUACUCGUUGUCCGAUCACGGCCUGCAACCAUCGCGAGUCUUUUCGUCACUUGCGCUUUUCAAUUCCUUGCGCAUGCCACUCAAUCUGCUACCACUGGUGCUGGGUCAAGUCACAGACGCACAAAAUUCUCUCCAGCGUAUACAAGAGUUUCUUCUUUCCGAAGAGCAGAAGGAUGACGUGACGUUCGACGACACUAUGGAGCCCGCCGUUGAAGUCGACGAGGCUUCCUUCACGUGGGAACGUGGUGCGACUCAAGAUAAGGAGAGAGCGGGAGCUUUCCAAAGUAAGGGUGAAUUGAUGGCUGCGAAGAAAGCAGAGAAAGAUAGGAAGAAAGCUGAGAAGAAGGCCGAGAAAAAGGCGCAGAAGGAGGCAAAGAAGAAUAAAAAGUUGCCCACUGCGUCCGAUGAAGACAUUGCGAGUGAGACCACAGCAGUCGAGCCAUUCAAAUUGCAUGACAUCGAUUUCGCUGUCGGUAGGAAUGAGUUGUUGGCUGUCAUUGGAACAGUUGGUUCUGGCAAGACUUCUCUGCUCGCCGCACUUGCUGGUGAUAUGCGAAAGACAGGCGGGAAGGUGAAGAUGGCAUCGUCUCGGGCCUUUUGUCCACAAUACGCAUGGAUUCAGAAUGCGACGUUGAAGGAAAACAUCUUGUUCGGAAAGCCAUACAAGGGAAGAUGGUACAGAGACGUGAUCGAUGCUUGUGCUCUGAGACCCGAUUUGGACAUUCUUCCUGCUGGAGAUCAAACAGAAAUUGGUGAACGAGGCAUUACACUGUCUGGUGGCCAGAAACAACGCUUGAACAUUGCCCGAGCUAUCUACUUCGACGCUGAUAUCAUACUCAUGGACGAUCCAUUGUCGGCUGUUGAUGCCCACGUUGGCCGGCAUAUUAUGGACAAAGCGAUCUGUGGGCUCAUGAAGGAUAAAUGCCGUAUACUUGCGACCCAUCAACUUCACGUCCUUUCCAGAUGCGAUCGCAUCAUCUGGAUGGAAGAUGGCCAUAUUCAGGCUAUUGAUACUUUUGACAACCUGAUGGAGCAGAGCGUCGACUUUCAGAAACUAAUGGCAACGACGGCUCAGGAAGAUGUCAAUGUCGCCAAACCAACUGAAGAAGAGGAAGACACGGAAAAGAAGCCCGAAAAGAAAACCAAAAAGGGCAAAGCACUCAUGCAACAGGAAGAGCGUGCCGUCAAGUCUGUCAGCUGGACAGUCUGGAAAGCAUAUAUCAAGGCGUCAGGCUCGCCCCUUCUGUGGCCGUUGAUUUUCAUCUCCUUGAUCCUGUCGCAGGGAUCCAACAUUGCUACCAGCUUAUGGCUCAGUUGGUGGACAAGCAACAAAUUCGGAUUUUCGGAAGGCGCCUACAUCGGCGUUUAUGCUGCUCUUGGUGUUUCGCAAGCGAUCCUGCUGUUCGUAUUUGCUACGAUCCUGUCCACGAGCGGUACCAAUGCAAGCAAAACAAUGCUGCAGAAUGCCUUGACGCGGGUUUUGCGUGCGCCAAUGUCCUUCUUUGAUACGACACCUUUGGGUCGAAUCACGAACCGAUUCUCCAAGGAUGUGGAUUCGAUGGACAACAAUUUGACGGACGCCAUGAGAAUGUAUUUCCUCACGCUGGCCAUGAUUACGUCGGUGUUUGCUUUGAUCAUUGCGUAUUUCCAUUAUUUCGCCGUGGCACUGGGCCCCUUAUUUAUAUUGUUUUUGUUUGCUUCCAGUUACUAUCGAGCGUCGGCACGGGAGAUCAAACGGCACGAAGCAGUUCUUCGAUCUACGGUGUUUGCGCGAUUCUCAGAGUCCAUAUCUGGAACGGCAUCGAUCCGAGCAUAUGGCUUGCAGCGUUAUUUUACAACGAGAAUGCGCGAAGCAAUUGACGACAUGAACUCGGCAUACUAUCUAACAUUUGGAAAUCAACGUUGGCUUUCUACCCGAUUGGAUGCUAUCGGAAACAUCCUUGUUUUUACGACUGGCAUUUUGGUGGUGACGGACCGCUUCAACGUCAAUCCUAGCAUAGCAGGGUUGGUGUUAUCAUACAUUUUGGCUAUUGUACAGAUGAUUCAAUUUACGGUGCGACAGUUGGCGGAAGUCGAGAACAACAUGAACGCUACGGAACGAAUACAUUACUACGGCGCUAAUCUGGAGGAAGAGGCACCACUGAAGCUGCGAGAAGUGCCGGAUUCGUGGCCUCAGUCGGGAGCUAUUUCGUUCAACAAUGUGGAAAUGAGGUAUCGGCCCGAGUUACCUUUAGUACUGAAGGGGUUGGAUUUCCAUGUCAGAGGUGGCGAGCGUAUCGGCAUAGUCGGCCGUACUGGCGCUGGCAAGUCGUCCAUCAUGUCUGCCCUCUUCCGUUUGACGGAGCUAUCGAGUGGUGAGGUCAAGAUUGACGACAUCAACAUCGCCUCCGUCGGUCUCUACGAUCUGCGGUCGCGCCUGGCUAUCAUUCCACAAGAUCCUACGUUGUUCCGAGGAACAAUUCGGUCAAACCUUGACCCGUUCCAGGAGCACUCAGACCAUGAUCUAUGGUCAGCCCUUCGGAAGGCUGAUUUGGUUGGGGAAGAAAUGCCUACACUGGACGAAAAGACUGGUCGACCUCAUACGGCCGAAACUGCGGCAACGUCGACUUCGAAUGUAAACGUCCCAAACAGUGGCGCGAACCGCAUCCAGCUUGAUAGCCAGGUCGAAGAGGAAGGCUUGAACUUUUCUCUUGGUCAAAGACAACUGAUGGCUCUGGCACGAGCACUGGUCCGGAACUCACGAAUCAUUGUCUGUGACGAGGCGACUUCAUCUGUCGACUUCGAGACGGACGAGAAGAUUCAACGUACCAUGAGAAUUGGCUUUGCGGGCAAGACAGUGCUUUGCAUUGCGCAUCGUCUCAAGACCAUCAUCAAUUACGAUCGGAUCUGUGUCAUGGACCAGGGUAGGAUUGCCGAGCUCGACACUCCGAUCAAUCUGUUUGAGGCUAACGGGAUAUUCCGUGGCAUGUGCGACAAAAGUCAUAUCGUGAGGGAGGACUUUUUCCGAGAGUCAUGAUUGAUGUGUGGCCGCUUUCACAAAAACAUAGCAGUCGUUUAUCGAGCAAAAACGAUAAUGAAGAUUUCAAGUUCAAAGUCUGCAAGGUCAGCUUGUAUCGUCCUGCCAGAUGGUCACGGUGAUUUGUGGUGAUGUGUAUUUCAGGUGACGUCGCACUCUAGAAGACCUAUUUGGAAAAAGGUGGAUGGAGUGACAGUGACAGAUUUCAUGGAUGUGUGGCACUGUGGCUGAGUAACUGACUAACUCCGUGGAGUGGCACGAAUGGGCAGGGCAUACCCCAAAGAGGUAUCAAUUUUCAGGAACGAGAUUCAAUCAAGCUUUCAUCUGCCCUGUGGGCACAGGGGUGGACACUGCACAAGCACCACCCGGACUCAG